AUGGCAGAUGCAAUCACAAGAACCUGUGACGUGUUUUGGAUUCCGUUUAAAAGCGACUGUGAGGACCUGCUGGGCCGCUUCCAGCAGACCGAGUCGGUGCGAUAUGAAGAUUUUGUGGCCAUAUGGAGAGUUAUGGAUUUCUCCAGUGUGUUUUAUGGAAUGACCACAAACCAUGAGAAAAGACCCUUCAGUCGUCUUGCCUUUGCCACAGUGUAUGAGUACUUCUUGCCCCCAUACAGCUUUCAGAUCCGAGUGGGGGCACUGUACAUGUUCUACGGCCUUUACUUCACACAGUCUGUCAGGCCAAAGGAAAAGAUCCGGAUUGCACUGAAGGACUGGAUGUAUAUAGAGAACUUUAUCUCCGAUGCUGUCACCUGUCAACACCUGGAUGCUGUCUAUGUGUACAGGAAGCUUGUUUCUGAGAAGGCUUUUUUUUAUACCGCCAUGCCCUAUCAGCUCACAUUCGAUGCAAAGCACCGUUUUAAGAACAAGAAAGUCAAUGAGUUGUUCCAGGACCUGCCAGACAGAGUGACCGACCUGGUUAAUGCAGGUACACUGGAGGAAAUUACAAAUGUGCAGGCUCAUUAUGAGCGGAUUAAGCAGGCUCUUCACGUGUCCGCCUCGGUCAGUGUGACACCAGUCAACCUGACUGCGCAGCUUAAGGAAUGCGCACUUAAGUUUCAGCAGUGGAAGGAAAAUAAGAAGGAACUGAAGCGUACAAAUUCUGGCACAAAAGCAACGGAAAGCACUCCGCCGUUAGAGUGCUCCAAGAGGGCAGAUCAACUAGCUACAAUAAAGUCAAAGUCUUAUGGGCAUCUAGCAAAGGCUUCCAAAUCGCGACGACACAGACAGGUGGAAAUGGACACCUCAGAAUCUGGGACAGACAACGCGCAAGAGAUUUUGUUUCCGCACCAAAUGAAGCCGCUCUCUCUCAGGGCGAGGACCUGGCGAAACCUGGGCAAAAUAGUGAAGAAAUCCCAACCGAAGAUUAAAUUUAAGUGGUGA